AUGCAACUGGUAGCAGAACUCAAUGACCUCAUGAAUGGGCUCUAUCUACCGAUUUCGAUCAUUUCGCCAACCGAUUUGACGCCUUCCUUGCUGAUGGCGAUCUUGGAAUCGCUUCUUGGAGAAAAGAUACCACUACCCGGUCUCUCUUCCAGGGGAAAAACCAAUCCAACCGACUUGAAGGUCCAGAAAGUCAAGAUCUUUCUGGGGGUCCUCGAGACCGACGUUCUCCAACAGGACGUUGGUCUAAGCGAGAUAGAUCCUAGGAAACUUGCUCGAGGAGAGUGGGAGGAAACCGUCUCUGUCGCUGAGGUCCUCGUUUGGAUUGGCAAGCGCGUUGGUUUGCUACCACGACCCAGCUCGUCGACCGAGACACACCAGAAGACCAAGUCGGCAGGGAGGAAGAAAACGACGUCUCAAGCGCCCGUUGAAGAAGACAACACCGUUACGUCUACCUCUUCUUCCUCCACCAAGCGUAGCCGAAGUAGUCGGUUUUCGUCGCCAGAGUUGGACACCGAGUCCGUUUUCUAUGCGCCUUCGUCUGUUUCAACCAGGGAGACCCAGGUUACCCUGUCCGCGUUUAUCAACAGAGAGGUGGACUUGGAAUCCAUUACGACAUUGUACGGGGAACCACAAGAACACGACUCUGGUCCCAAGUCCGGGGACGAACCCAUUCCCACACCGUCCUCCAUGGCCCUGAGCCUGCAACCACCUUUCCAAAGCCCGCGGUCAUCGCUUCGUCGCUCCCACCAGCGCAGACGUCCGUCACCCCCACGCAGAUGCACACACGACGAAUUCCCAGCCUCCCUGUUGCUCUCAAACGACCACGACGAAUCCGAUGACGACAUAUACGCUUCACCUGAACAUUCACCCUCGCGCAACUCACCCUCUCCAGAACCCGACGCCAACUAUCCAGAGCCAGUUCCAGUGCGAUAUACUGGGUUCAUCGAGCCAGUUGACGAAGAGUUCGAAAUCGCAUCGUAUGAGCAUAACCGCUCUUUUUCGUCUUCCAUGAACCGCAGUUCGGAUCGCUCUAUUCUCGGAAAUCUGUCUGGGCUCAGUAUCAGCACGGACGAGGUGAGCCACGGCUUUCAUUUUCAAUCAUUUGACGAUCUUGACGGAGAAGGCUACCAGGACACGAAGGCACAGGCGCUUGUUGCGAUCGAAGAAGAAUACCAACGGACGCUUAAGCUCUUGGACGAACGAGCCCGACUUUUGAAAGAACUUGCUGAACUGGACCGGAAUGGAUAG